AUGUCUUUUGUUUCUUUCUUUUUUUUUUCUUUCUUUUCUUUCUUUCUUUCUUUUCUUUCAAUUCUUUCUUUUUAUCUUUCUUUCUUUCUUUCUUUCUUUCUUUCUUUUCUUUCUUUCUUUUUUCUUUCUUUCUUUCUUUUCGUUUCUUUCUUUCUAUACUAUCUAUUUUCUUUCUUUUUCUUUCUUUCUUUCUUUUCUUUCUUUCUCUUUUACACUUUCUUCCAUUUCUUUUAUCUUUUUUCUUUCUUUUUUCUUUCUUUCUUUCUUCUUUCUUUCUUCUUUCUUUCUUUCUUUCGUCAAAACUUCUUUCUCUAUCCAUUUCUUUAUCUGUCUUUUCUUUCUAAAAUUCUUUCUUUCUUUCUUUCUUUCUUUCUUAACCAGACACUUUUUCUUUCUUACUAUUUCUUCUUUAUUUCUACAAUUCUCUUUCUAUCUUUCUUUCUUUCUUUCUUUCUUUCUUUCUUCUUUCCGUUCUUUCUGUCCCCUUUUCUCUAUUACUAUCCAUUUCUUUCUUUCUUUCUUUCUUUCUUUCUUUCUUUCUUUCUUUCUUUCUUAACCAAUCCUUAUUUCUUUAAUACUAUCUUUCUUUCUUUCUUUCUUUCUUUCCUUCCUUCGUAA